AUGAGUGUGGACAAGGCAGAGCUAUGCGGGUCUCUGCUCACCUGGUUGCAGACUUUCCACGUUCCGUUCCUCUGUGCCAGCCCACAGGACCUGAGCAGCGGCCUUGCAGUGGCCCAUGUGCUGAACCAGAUAGACCCGUCCUGGUUCAACGAGGCAUGGCUUCAGGGCAUCUCAGAGGACCCAGGUCACAACUGGAUACUGAAGGCUGGUAAUCUGAAGAAGAUUCUACAGAGUCUGAUGGAAUACUAUCAGCAUGUGCUGGGACACCCUGUGUCUGAACAACACCUCCCAGACGUGAACCUCAUUGGUGAAUUCUCAGACCCUGCAGAGCUUGGCAAGCUGCUUCAGCUGGUAUUGGGCUGUGCCAUCAGUUGUGAGAAAAAGCAGGAGCACAUCCAGAGAAUCAUGACGCUGGAGGAAUCUGUUCAGCACGUAGUGAUGGAAGCCAUCCAGGAGCUCCUGACCAAAGAAACCUCAGACUCCCUGUCCCUGGAGACAUAUGGGAACUUUGACAGCCAGUCCCGCAGAUACUACUUCCUGAGUGAGGAGGCGGAGGAGGGGGAUGAGUUGCGGCAGCGCUGUCUGGACCUGGAGCGACAGCUAGUGCUCCUGUCGGAGGAGAAGCAGAGCCUGGCCCAGGAGAAUGUGGUACUGCGGGAGCAAGUAGGCCGGACAGAGGGUGAGGGGGCCAUGGGCCUCACCGCCAAGAAGCUGUUGCUGCUACAGUCCCAGCUGGAGCAGCUGCAGGAGGAGAACUUCAGGCUGGAGAGCAGUAGGGAGGAUGACCGUCUGCACUGUGCUGAGCUGAAGCAGGAAGUCACUGAGCUGCAACAGCGGAACCAGGCGCUGACCAGCCUGGCGCAGGAAGCACAGGCCCUGAAGGAUGAGAUGGAUGAGCUGCGGCAGUCCUCAGAGCGGGCUGGGCAGCUGGAGGCCACGCUGAGCGGCUGCCGGCGCCGCCUGGGCGAGCUGCCGGAGCUGCGGAGGCAGGUGCGGCAGCUGGAGGAGCGCAAUGCGGGCCAUGCGGAGCGCACGCGGCAGCUGGAGGAAGAGCUGCGCCGGGCCAGCUCCUUGAGGGCCCAGCUUGAGGCGCUGCGCCGGCAGGUGCAGGAACUGCAGGGGCAGCGGCAGGAGGAGGCCAUGAAGGCUGAGAAAUGGCUCUUUGAGUGCCGCAACCUGGAGGAAAAAUAUGAAUCAGUGACAAAGGAGAAGGAGCGGCUGUUGGCAGAGCGGGACUCCCUGCGAGAGACCAAUGAGGAACUACGCUGUGCCCAGCUGCAGCCUCGGGGGCUGACCCAGGCUGACCCCUCACUUGAUCCCACCACAGAGGCUGUGGAAAACUUAGCUGCAGAGAUCCUGCCUACUGAACUCAGGGAGACACUCCUGAGGCUUCAGCUGGAGAACAAGCGGCUGUGCCAGCAGGAGGCAGCCGACCGCGAGCGGCAGGAGGAGCUGCAGCGCCACCUAGAGGAGGCCAAUCGCUCACGCCACAGCCUGGAAACGCAGCACCGACUGAACCAGCAGCAGCUUUCGGAGCUGCGGGCCCAGGUGGAGGAUCUGCAGAAGACCCAUCAGGAGCCUGGGGGCAAGAGCGACGAUGCCAUUCCCACCCUGCUGAAGAGGAAGCUGGAGGAGCAUCUACAGAAGCUGCACGAGGCCGAUCUGGAGCUGCAGCGGAAGCGUGAGUACAUUGAGGAGCUGGAACCACCUGCCGACAGCAGCACAGCCCAGCGCAUUGAGGAGCUGCAGCACAACCUGCAGAAGAAGGAUGCAGACCUGCGGGCCAUGGAGGAGCGGUGCCGCCGUUAUGUGGACAAGGCGCGCACGAUCAUGCAGACCAUGGAACCCAAGCAUCGACCACCUGGGGCUGCACCUCCAGCUCUCCACACAUUGCGCACACAACUCCGAGAGCGGGACGUCCGCAUCCGGCACCUGGAGAUGGACUUUGAGAAGAGUCGAAGUCAGCGGGAGCAGGAAGAAAAGCUACUCAUUAGUGCCUGGUAUAACAUGGGCAUGGCCCUGCAGCAGAGGACUGGAGAAGAACGGGCACCAGCCCACGCUCAGUCCUUCCUGGCACAGCAGCGGCUGGCUAUCAACAUGCGCCGUGGACCUCUGGGACGCUCCGUAUCCCUGAACCUGCGCCCCACUGACAAACACUGA